AUGGCCUUCUUCGAGGACCCGCGGCUGCGCCAGCGCUGGAACCAAAUCACCCACGACGCCGAAACCGUCACCGAAAACGCAGCAGCCGGCAUAUUCACCUUUCAGCAAAAUUACAUCAAUCCGUGCUUCGCGUCAAUAGCAGACUCAGUCGAGCAAUGCACAACCGUAUGCCUAGGCGACCCCGACGAUCGCCUUCGACGCCGUCGCGAACGCCAGCGUGCCCGCGAAGGCGCCGAAUUCAGCUUCGACUUCUACGACGACUGGUAUGAGGAGGAACAAUCUAACGGCGGUCUGUUGGGUAGUUGGGGCGGCGAGGAUUGGGACCGUCUGCUGGCUGGCACGGGUAGCGCGCGGAAGCACAGCGGCGAGACGAAUGAACAGCCUCGACGGAAGCGCGGCAUGAGCUACGGCACCAGAGGCACACGGCGGAAAGUGAGCCAGGACGAUCCCACCAUUAUCCCUAGCACGCAGCCGAUUGGAUUUUUGAGCAAGCUGCCCUGGAAGAUGGGCGGAACGCUACGAUAUAAACCUAGUGCGGCGGAUUUGCAGGACCACCCUGGGAAGCAUGACGAUGGGGAGUCUGCGCCGCUGUUGGCGGAGGAUGAUGAGUCGGACUAUGGGGAGGUUCUGCGUAUGCCUAGGCAGCGGAGUGGUACGACGGGGUCGGGAGGGACGUCGGAUUCGUAUCGCUCGAGGGGGGAUUUGUUCCCGAGUGAUGGAGAGGGAGAGGAGGAUGCUGUGCCGUUGGACGACGACGUGACGUAUGAUAUGGUCAAAAGGGAUGAUAGGAGUAGUGGGAAGACGAGGAGCAGCAAGGGGAAGAGCCCGGCUGGACAGUUUGGUGCCUCACGGACGGUUUCGAGAUCAACGCUGGGGUCGACGGCGUCCAACGAGUCACCAGAUUAUGAGAGGACGGGCCCGCCGACACCAGACGUGGCUAAUAUCCCGUCUAUGGAGGAUUUACACGCCGAAGAAGAGAGAUUGCGAAGGGAAGAGGACGAGGAACUAAGGCAGAGGAAGGCGGCGGCCACGCAACUCGCUUCGGAGAGGGGGCUGAGUCUGGACGGCCAAGCUCUUGAUAUUGAUGAGGCGAAAGCGCCAGAAGUGGAAGUUGAUGAGAUUCAUGAGCUUCACGACGAACACGCAUCUUCACAAGACGGCGUUGAACAGGAUUUGCAGAGAGAUGACGCGAGAGACCAGCCAACUCGGAGCGACGAACCGAGCAGUAAGCCUGCACCUGCAUUUCAUGCCGCCCGGCUACCGCAUUUUGGAUGA